UACCGGCGUCGCCCGCCAAUCUGUCAAGAAAAAUCAGCAAAGCGCCUUUAUUUAUUUGUUUUCACCGGUGUUUGUGAAACUAUUCCGAAAUUUUGCCGAUACGCAAAUAUUCUUUUGAUUAAUUAUAUCGUUAAUUAAUAAUCCGUAUGUCGCGUCAUCGCCGCGAAAGGUCCAUGGCUAAAAGUCCGGAGCGAUCUCGAUUCCGCAUGGGCGUCAGAAGAUCACGUGAACGUGUUCGAAUCCGUCGCCGCAGUCCUUCGCCAGAUCUUGGUCCUCCGCGGCGACGUGCUCGAAGAAAUGAAGUGGUUCCACUUAGGAGGAACCCUCGAUAUGGUCCGAAUUCUACAUCAGGAAUCGAUAAGUAUUCCCAGUGGUUCUGUUUGGGAGUGUUCGGAAUGAGCUAUCGGACGACCGAAAAUGACCUCCGGCGGAUCUUCGACGAGUAUGGACCCAUCGAGAGUGUCCGGGUCGUGUGUGACCCACUAACGCGGGACUCGCGGGGCUUCGGUUUCGUAUACUUCCGAAACCGUCAGGAUGCCCUCAAAGCGAGAGCACGUUGCGACGGAUUGAAAUUCGAUAAUCGCCGGCUCCGGGUGGACUUUUCUACAACCGAUCGGCCACAUUCGCCGACCCCCGGCAGAUAUAUGGGACCUGAUAGAAUGCGUUCGGAGCGACGAAGCAAUCAUCUGAACAGGAGCCCAUUGAAAUUUGGAUUAUUUCGUCGGGAUCGAUCAAAUUCUCCAUCACCGAUAGUUCAUCCAUUCGUUCAUCCACGAUUUCGACCGCUGGGGUCCAGUUCAGGGACUUCGGAAUGCUAAUGUUUGUUGGACUGUUUUCUACUUCUUAAGACAACGGGUGAGUGCUUUUGUUGUUUUACUUGGUUUAUACAUGAUACAGAAUAUUGCUUUGAAUUAGAUAUAAUUUUGAAUUAAAAACUGAUAAAAAUCAAA